AUGGAAUAUAGUGCGUCGCGUCCUAGCCCGUCUUGCCGCUUCCCCGGCGCCGUCAAAAAGAAGACGCUCCUUCUCAGCAUCAUGCUCUUUAUCUGGAUCUUUCUGGUCUACUCCUGUGUGGGUCCCUGCUCCACGGGAGUGGUGCUCGACUCACCCCGGGACCGAUACCGAGAACGGGACAGGGCUCCGUCGGCGCUGGUCGAGAGAACCGAGCGCUCCGACCUGCUCUCCAGGCUGCGAUGGGAGGACAUGGACUACUACGAGGAGCCGGCGGCCGCCCACGGAGCCGCGUCCCGGGACUUGCUGCUCAGCGACGAGUCUGAGUCCCGGGCACCGGAGCUCCGGGCAUCGGAGCCCAGCGCCUUGUCGAGUUUCUCCAACGGCGCCGGGAGCAAGAAGCUGCCGCAGGCUAUCAUCAUCGGAGUGAAAAAGGGAGGCACCCGGGCGCUGCUUGAGUUCUUACGGGUGCACCCCGACAUCAGAGCCGUUGGGGCAGAGCCGCACUUCUUCGACCGCAACUACGACAACGGCUUGGAGUGGUACAGGGAUCUGAUGCCAAAGACCUUGGAAGGCCAGAUCACCAUGGAGAAGACCCCCAGCUACUUCGUGACCAAAGAAGCGCCCGCCCGCAUCUCGGCCAUGUCGCGGGAUACCAAGCUGAUCGUGGUGGUGCGGGACCCUGUCACCCGGGCCAUUUCAGACUACACGCAGACGUUAUCUAAGAAGCCUGACAUUCCGUCCUUUGAGAGUCUCACCUUCAAGAACAUGACGACGGGUCUCAUCGACACGUCAUGGAGUGCCAUCCAGAUUGGCAUCUACGCCAAGCACCUGGACAACUGGUUGCAGUACUUCCCCAUGGAGCAGAUCCUGUUCGUGAGUGGCGAGCGGCUAAUCAGCGACCCGGCCGGUGAGCUGGGCCGUGUGCAGGACUUCCUGGGCCUCAAGCGAAUCAUCACUGAUAAACACUUCUACUUCAACCAGACCAAGGGGUUCCCGUGCCUUAAGAAGGCCGAGGGCAGCAGCAAGCCCCACUGUCUGGGCAAAACCAAAGGGCGCACCCACCCUGACAUUCGUCCCGAAGUGGUGCGCCGCCUCAGAGACUUCUACCGGCCGUUUAACAUGAAGUUCUACCAGAUGACGGCACACAACUUUGGCUGGGAUUGA